GUUAGGUCCAGGAGAGCCAAUUACCUGUGGAGUUUUGAUCCAGCCUUGGUAAAAAUGUACUUGCCAGUAGCUUUCUAGUUACCUUUAGACCUUGAAUUAGAUUGUUCAGCCAUAUUUGAGUUGGAGUGCAAUUCUUCAGCUCUGUUGCUCUCCAGUAUUCAAUAUGCACACCUCUUGUACAGGAUAAUUGUAUCGCUCAAUCACCUACGUGAGCUCUCGAAUUUGUGCUAAAACGUUUCAGAUACACACUUUAAUAUAAUCUGCUGGAAGCCACAUACUGAAUGCCAAUCUUUUAUUUUCAGUUUAUUGCGGUGUGCACAACAGCAUCAUGUUGCCUGGAGCAAACAAGCACAGUGUGAACAACAGCCAACAGACCAGGCAGCACAAUCCCAUCCUCUGUUCCACUGAGCUGCUGAAGAGCCCACACAGCUCUUUCCCUGCUUUCUCCGCUCUCUCUGUUCAAUUGGAGCAGUCUGUACCAUCGGUUGGUCCGCCCAAUUCAACACAUUUCAGAUGGUUAAAACACAUAGGAAGGGUGUCUUAGAUGAAAAUUAUGUUUGGAUAUUCUCAAGGCUACUGCUUACAACUUGUCUUAAUUGAUAAGGAUAUUGACAAUAUAUGGAGUCCAGGAAGAUGGCUGCAUUGUUUUGGGACUUGGAUGAUGCUACUACUCCUCCAAAGACUCCACCUCUACACUUCGGCUCUGAGUUCAGGAAUACUAGCUCUGCGAGUUCCUAUGGUGGUUCACCAGUGCUAGGCAGUUUCGACUGGGCUUCAUCUGAGCAAGUGGAGUUCUCAACAUUAAACCCCUCCAGAACUAAAGACAAACAAGAAGGAGAGUGGCAUAUGAUAAUGUCUACUCGCCCUUUAAUUGGAUGGGAAAAAGCAGCCCAAAGGGAGGGUCUGCAGGACCAGAGGAAGGGGUCUUACAACAGCUUGCCAAGAGCACAUUUUGUUCAGCCAAAUAGAGAAUCGAGUGAUUUUUCACCUUACGCUAAUGACUUUUGGUUGAAUGGUAAAGAUGCCAAGAACAUUGCUCAGUCCCCCAGGACCAGCCGAAAGCUGCACCCGCUGACACAGCCGGGCUUCUACAGUCCAAAAAUCCCACGAUCUAAACACUGCGAAGCUGCGCAGUCCACAAAAAAGUCUUUAAAAGGAUCUUCCUCUACAAACAACUUAAAGGAGUUCUGUGCUCUUACGUUGCCUAUUCCAUGCUCCAAAACAGCUGUUCUUAAAACCAGUCCUUUGUGCUCCAAACCGCAAGAGGUUAAAACUUCCAUGGUGAAAACGCCUCCUUUGAUGAGAGCCACAGUUUCUCAAACUUCAGCGAUCUCAAAUCAACAAGGCAAGGAGCGCUUCAGCCGACUUCAGCCAAGAGAGGACCGUCUCAUCCAGAACCAGGAUCGCAGUUUGUUCAGUCACAAUGCUUCCGGAAAGGACAGACAGGAUUUAUCCAAUGAGGAUCCUCAGAUUUAUAUUAAUACACAACAUCUGUUCCCCAAACGCCAGUCUAGAGCAAACCAGCCUACAAAGCUUUGUCUAAAACUGAGAGAGGCAAGUCAUGACAGUGUUGAUGGUGCUGGCUUUAAACUAUCUCAAGGUGACCCUGACUGGUCCUGUCAGCUUCAAACCAGCCCUCACUGCAGCCCACAACAAAACAAUAUACUGUACACACAACACAGAGACACUGUUGAUGUCAGAAACAAUGACCUCAUCUAUAUAGAAAGUCAGGUGGAUGUGAGCUCAAAGAAUGUGUUUGGUCAGCCCCGAGUUGUUGCGUCUCUGCGAGCAGCUUGUUCACCGCGGCCCGUUCGCAAAAGCACAGUGGUGGAGGACCUGAAAAAACUCAUUGUGAUGGAUGACACCGAGGACAGCGCUCGGGGGGAUUCAGUACGUGAGUCGACAAAUCAACAAAAAGUGCCAGAGCUUUGCAGUAGUUCGCCAAUGUCAGCUUCAUGUGCCAGUCCAUCAUUAUUCAGUCCUACUCCAGCGCUCACACCAGUCCAUCUUCACCUGCAAACAUGUCAAUCAGAAUGUGAUGUUUUGCCUGAGCAGGCUGAAUCUGACCUGUGGGAACAUCCUGACACUGAACUCAUUCCCCUGCCAAACACAGCCUGUGAGCUUGACUGGAAUAGUCUGGUUCAAGCAGCCCAAGAAUAUGAGACACAAAGGAUGGCAACACUUUUGUCAGAAAUGAGUCCUGUAUCAAGCCGGCCAGACACACCAUCCUGUGGGACCUACAAGAUCCACCAGUCCAGUGGCUGUUUCAGUGAAGAAGAUCUAGACAGUGACGUAUUUAUUGACUUUCGUGACCAACUCUCUCACCUAGAAGGGAUGGUUAGGCGACUGAGCGGUGAUCUGCUGAAGGAGAAGAGAGACAAGGUGGCUCUUCUGGCAGAGGUGUUGAAGCUUCGCAUUAGCAACCAGCAUCUGAGAGAAGAGUCGCUCUGUGCUGUUGAACAGCUACACAAAAUCAGCGACGUUUUAAACACAACACCUGGAGAAUAAUGCAAGGUUGGAAGAAAAGACUGUACCCUCAUAUUACUUGUGAAUGGGAAAAAUGCUUUAUAGUACACUUUAUAGUGGAAAAAUGGUGCGUCCUAUUUAUUUCCAGACUCAUAUUAGAAAAUCUAGAGAACAUGCAGCAUCCCUGACUUCAAUAUGGCUGCUCAAUGGGUCAACAGAAGUGAAAAAUUUGUAUUUUUGCUCAGCAUUUCUGUUUGAUUGUGAAUAUGAUGUAAGCAUUGUAUUUGUAAAAUACAUUGUAUAAAGUGCUAAUCGGCAAUAAGAAAAAGCCAUCAUGUGACUGUAGCUACUGAAGCUCCAGCUGCUGUUGAAACAGUCAGUAUACAACAGAAACAUUUCUUGAGGUAAAUAUCUAAAAAAAAAAAUUGUAGAGUUUUCUUCACAUAUUAGAAAAGAGAAAAUCUGUCAUGUGUCUGCAAUAUGUGUGUCUUCACAUGAUGUCAUUUAUGAAGCACGAAAUUUAGAUGGAAGGCAGGAAGUGAUUUUUCUACAUGGGACUCACCAUAAGAACAUCAAAAUGUUUUUGUAUUAUGUUGUUUUAAGAAACUGGCUAAAAAAACAGAAGAAAAGGCAGCAUGUAAUAAGCUUUUUUGAAUACAUCCAUGUGUAAAAAACUUUUUUUGAAUGCAUUAACUCGUCUGACAGCACUAAUAAAGAUUAUAUACAGGC